AUGGGCGCAUUCGUGCCCUACGCUGCGGCGAAAGCCCAGCCGCAACUCUUCGAACCCACCCCCAAUUCUUCCAGCUUCCAGGAUCUGCUAGCCCAAGGUGCGGCGCGGAUAUUCAUCGCUCCUGCUGCGGCGAGCAAGAAGAGUGAGAUAUCAGCGGCUUGGAGUAAGAUUUUGGAGACGGUGGGUAAGGACGGGAUGGCUGGACAGUGGAGUGGGUGGGGUGUUGAGGGAGAUGAGGGGACGUGGGCGGGGAUUCUGAGCUGGAAGGGUGGGGAGGAACUUGAGCGGUCGUCUACGAAUGCGAGUGUUGUUGAGGCGGUGCAGGAGCUGAAGGGGCUUGCUGAGCUUGACGAGUAUGAGGUUUCGUUUACGUCGACGCCGGAUAGUGCGUAG